GUAAAGGGGUGGGCUGAAGAGUGGCGCUGCCGCACCCGGGUGGUGGGCACUGAGGUCCCAGCCCAGAGCCUGGGAGGUGCUGUCGUAGCUCAGAGGUGAAACUAUGUAGCCUCUUAAGAAGCUCACUUGGACCCUCCUGAAGUCCAUAUGGCUCUAUAUGACGAAGAUCUCCUGAAGAACCCUUUCUACCUGGCCCUUCAGAAGUGGCGCCCCGACUUGUGCAGCAAGGUGGCCCAGAUCCACGGCAUUGUCUUGGUGCCCUGCAGAGGAAGCCUGCCGAGCAGCGUUCAGUCAUCUUGUCAGUUCGAGUCCUACGUUUUGGUGCCCACCGAAGGACACUUUCAGACCUUAGAUGGAAAGGGUGUCCUCAUUGAAGGAAACAGGAUUAAGUUAGGAGCUGGUUUUGCUUGUCUUCUCUCUGUGCCCAUCCUCUUUGAAGAGACUUUUUACAACGAAAAGGAAGAGAGCUUCAGCCUUCUCUGCAUCGCUCAUCCCUUGGAGAAGAGAGAGACUUCAGAGGAACCCUCCGCACCUUCGGAUCCUUUUUCCCUGAAGACCAUUGAAGAUGUGAGGGAAUUUCUGGGAAGACACUCGGAGAGAUUUGACAGGAACAUCGCGUCUUUCCACCGGGCCUUCCGAGACUGUGAAAGGAAGAGCCUCCGCCACCACAUCGACUCCGUCAAUGCUCUCUACACCAAAUGCCUCCAGCAGCUUCUCAGAGACUCUCACCUGAAGGUUCUUGCGAAGCAGGAGGCCCAGAUGAACCUGAUGAAGCAGGCAGUAGAGAUCUACGUCCAUCACGAUCUUUAUGACCUGAUCUUUAAAUACGUGGGGACCAUGGAGGCGAGCGAGGAUGCUGCCUUUAACAAAAUCACGAGAAGCCUUCAAGAUCUUCAGCAGAAAGACAUCGGGGUGAAACCUGAGUUCAGCUUCAACAUCCCUCGUGCCAAGAGAGAGCUGGGGCAGCUGAACAAGUGUACAUCCCCACAGCAGAAGCUGCUGUGCCUGCGGAAGGUGGUCCAGCUCAUGACACAGUCUCCCAGCCAGAGAGUGAAUUUGGAGACCAUGUGUGCUGAUGAUCUUCUCUCUGUCCUGUUGUAUCUGCUGGUGAAAACAGAGAUCCCUAACUGGAUGGCAAAUUUGAGUUACAUCAAAAACUUCAGAUUUAGCAGCUCGGCCAAAGAUGAGCUGGGAUACUGCCUGACCUCGGUCGAGGCUGCCAUUGAAUACAUCCGGCAAGGAAGUCUCUCUACGAAGCCGCCUGAGCCAUGUGUGGGAAAGGAAACCAGAUGCCGUGAGGGUGAUAGGCAAGAAAUGAUCAUUGUUGUGUGCAGUCUGAGGGCUCCUGGCCUUGGUUGGUUGAUGCGCUUCGGCGAGAGAGAGUGAUGCUGUUCCUAUGUGAGUUACGAGAGUCUGAAGCCAAGAUUUCACCGCUGGCCCUGUUUUACUACGUGGUGACGGAUAAAUGCUAAAACUUAGUAGGACUCAAAAAAGUCUUCACGCUGAAAUAAAAAAAUGAAAAGUGAGCAGGUGUGGUGGUCAUGACUGUAAUCCCAGUACUUAGGAAGCUGAGGCAGGAGGAUGGCUGUGAGUUUGAGGCUGACCUAAUCACGUGGUGAGCUCCAUGGGUGACACUGAGACACGGUAUCAGAAGACAUAGGAAAAGGAAAGAUAAAGAAAAUAAGCAGAAAGGACAGUGAGUUUGAGUUCAGCCUGGGCUACUUAUGGUAAGACCUGUACCAAAACAAAACAAAACAAAACAAAAAAACCACACACUGUCCCCCAGGUAUGGAGCAAGUCAGGCCUGACAGACGCUGCAACUUUACCUUGCUUGGCCUGUCGACCCAGUCAGUACUGGGUGUCCUUGUGUUUGUGGCUCCACAUGGGACUCUGUCUGUAAGUACAGACUCGGCUUUUACUGCAGCCCGGGUUUUAGGUCACGGAGUCUGGGUAGGAAUGUGUGGAGCCAGCAGUGAUGUCACGACGCCAUGUCCCUGGGGAGAGAGCCUGUGUGCAUCUCCACGUGGCAGGCAAGGCUUCUGCAUGUCCAUCGGUUGAACUGGUUUCACCGUCAGUUCCGCGUCACGAGAGUUUUCUCCCUGGAGGUCGUGAAACUCGAGCUGGCCACAGGCACCCUUAGGAUGUCCUCUGGUGGAGAUGCCAGCUUUCCAGAAACAAGGACUGCAGUGACGUCAUCAAGAUCCAGGCAGAGAGCUUGGAAUAAAUGGACCACUUCCCUACUUCAUUUCUAAAGUUUUUAUUUACGUGUGUCUGUGUCUGUGUAUGCUCAGUGUGUGCAGGUUUCUGAAGAGGCAGAAGAAGGUGCUGGAUCCCCUGGAACUGGAGUUACAGGUGGUUCGGAGCCCCUUGAUGUGGGUGCUGGGAGCCAAACUCAGGUCCUGGAAGGGCAGCAAGUGCUCUUAACCACCGGGCUGUCUCUCCAGCCCUAGAUAUUUGAAAUAUUUUAUUUCCCUGCCUCUUUUUAAAUCGCUCCUGGUCAGCUUCGCUUUCUUGUUGGUGUUUUGCUUUUGGAAAGGUGAUGCCAGGGAUGGAACUUAAGUCCUUAGACGUACUAGGUUCUUUGGAGCUGUGUCCCGAACCCUUGUUUUUGGAGGGCAGAUCUCUCGGCUGACCUUCAGUGCCCAGUCCUCCUGCUUAGAUGACAGGAUGCCACCAUGCCCGGCUCUGAGCUCCUAAUAACAGUGUCUGCUCAUUUCCCGUGAGUCUCUGGGGUGCACAGCUUCUCUGAGUGCUUGUUCUUCCCUCUAGGUUUAGUUCUGGGGGUGCCACCUUUCAGCACUGCCCCUCAGGAAGCACCCUAGACUUGAGCAGAGAGCCCUGUCUGACUGUUGUCCAGUGCCUUUAAUGUCUCUCUGGCCCUAAGCUACUCGGCUGUCAGUCACCGUACAAAGCAGAUUGCUGGAGCUUUAUAUAGGAUGAGGCAGCUGGGGACAGAAACGGUUCCUUCUGAGGUGCUGGCAGGAUUUGUAUGUCACUUUAGUUAGUCCGCACUGGAGGUGGGCAGACAGACAGGAGGGAUGACGCUUGGGAGGGGACCUUGGAAAUGAUUCUUCCCCCGAGGCACUGUUGGCUUUAUCUAUAGCCUAGUCGGAUCUUAGAGACAGGUGAAGAAAGAACUUUGUUCUAUCAUGUUGCCAGGGUCCUGACAGUUUCCAGUAUCACCUGUGGAGGGGGAUUUCCCUCACCUCCAACCAAGACUCCUGGUGGAGGAGUUCAUUUGUCGUUGUGCCAUUUGGUUCCAGGGGCCCAAGUGAGCAUGGAAGCAUUGUGGUAGGAGUGAUUUUGUAAAAACAGGCUCAAGACUGGGGGCGUGGCUCAGUGGUAGAGCAUUUGCCUAGAAUCCCCCAGUGAGGGGAUGGGGUGUGGCUCAGUGGUAGAGCAUCUGCCUAGUCUUCCCUAGUGAGGGGCUGGGGAUGUGGCUUAGUGGUAAAGCCCCUGCCUAGAAUUCCCCAGUGAGGGGCUAGGAUGUGGCUCAGUGGUAGAACCCCUGCCUAGAAUUCCCCAGUGAGGAGCUAGGAUGUGGCUCAGUGGUAGAGCCCCUGCCUAGAAUCCCCCAGUGAGGGACUGGGGGGUGGCUCAGUGGUAGAGCCCCUGCCUAGAACCCCAGAGUGAGAGACAGGGGGUGUGACUCAGUGUUGAUCACUUUGCUUCAAAUUUUGCAUUGAGAGGUUGUGGUCAUCUCUCUGUGACAGGGCUUUUGCUAGAACAAGGCCCUGGCAGUGCAAAACAAAGCGAGCCCACAGUGAAACAGAGCACAGCAUUGACCAUCUCGGCUCAGAUACUACCACUACCACAUGCACAGAGGUUCAGCCGCCCUACAGUCAGGAGUAACAGUAACCAACGAGUAUAAUAAACUGUAAAGUGUAAAUUUCUAGGCGUUCUUAGGUUUUAGUCUUAUUCAUAUGUAUGUGUGUAUAUGUGUAUGUGUGCAUGUGUUUAUGUGUGUGCAUACGCAUGUAAGUGCCUGUGGAGUCCAGAGAGGGUGUCAGAUUCCCUGCAGCUAGAGUUACAGGCAGUUGUGGGCCACCAGAUGUGGGUGCUGGGAACAGAACUCGGGUCCUCCGGAAGAGCAGCAACCGUUCUUAACCCCUGAGGCGUCUCCUCAGUCCCAGAUUUCUAGGUAUUUGUUGUCCAGAUAAGCAGGUAAGCGUUACCUUUGCUGGGAGGAUCUGAUUAUACUAACUUUGGCGGCUCCUUGAUAUGCAAUGAGUGAUUGGCGCUGAGAGAUCUGUCGAGUUCUCCUGUGUCUGCCUAGAUUUCCUCCCCGUGAAUUAGGCUGACAUUUUCAUGGGCACGGUCACAAAACAAGACUCCCCUUGCUGCUUGGCACCAGGGAGUAGAAACCUGUGUGUCUGGCGGUACUGUCCACAGCCCUGGUCAGAGAGGCAGCAUCAGGCCAUUCGGGCAAUGGGAGGGAAGUCUGAGGGGCGGAGGCCAGGCCCAGCCAGUGGCGUGUGUAUGGCACAUUCCACUCCUGUAGCUGACUGUCCUCACCCUGUCGCCUCGCUGCCCCAGGCUACAAACGUCAGAGCUCACCUCCCUUUGUUCCCUCUCUGCACUGAGGAGGAUCUGCGCUUCACCUCAGAGAUCUGGGUUGGGGAGAGCCCCUGAGGGCCACUCCUGGGUUGAAUGUCAGGGCUUGUGCCUGGGCCCUUUCUGGGGAGGAUCUGUGACGGGGUCUGUGAUGUGU